AUGCCAAGGCUGAAGGCAAAUGUUCAAGCUCCGUCUGCCGAAGCCGCCAUUGCGUUUCAAGCAAGUAACAGCGAAGGCGCAACCCCCUGGUCCUUGCACCAAUGGCCGAGGUCCAUCAGCACUUUGAUCAACGAGGACCCACGAAGAUACGAGCAGCGUCUUGCCGUAUCGCGGUUAGACCCAAAGUGGAGCCAAGGCGAGUGGAGAAUGAAAGGAGAUGGCGAUGGACGGGGGGAAGCAGAUGCAAGGCUGAUUGGCGGUUAUCCCGAUGACUCAGCAGGACGAGAAGCGCUCUUUCCGAAUCGGGGCAUACGUGGUGCUUAA